AUGCUUCCCGAGGCGGUGCGGGCGGCGGUGGAGGCCAUUGUCUGCCAGCCGCUCGACCUCGUGGGCGAGGCGCUGCAGGGCUUUGCAUGGGAGUUUGAAUCCAAGGGAGACGUCCACCACUGGGUGCCUCUCCUGGACCACUUUGAUGCCUACUUUGAGCGGCACGUCAAGGACAGGACGGACCUGCAGCUGCAGCUGGAGCACGAGGAUGGCACACCCAGCCCCGCAGCUGAAGCGCCCAGCAGCGGCUCGGGCGGUCGCGGCCCCGCCGGCAGCGCAAGCAGCAGCGGCGCCGUGCCCGUCCAGCAGCAGCAGCAGCAGCAGCAGCAGCAGCAGGCGCGGCAGCCGGACCCGCCCUUUCCCAGCCCGGCGGUCCUGGAGAUACUGCGGGUGACCACGCUCAUCCUGGAGGGCUGUUCCAACAAGCAUCUGUAUAACUCAUACGAGUACCUGUCGCUCCUGCUGGCGGCGCCGGAUGCCGCGGUCGUCCUCGCCACGCUGCAGACCCUAGCCGCAUUUGUGCGCAAGUCGAGCAGCCCCGCCGCACGGUGGGGAGGCACCGAGGACCUGAAUGCCCGCCUGAUGGUGCUGGCGGGCAGCUGGGGCAGCGGCGAGGAGGUGCCUGACCUGCUGUCAUGCGCCCGGGGCAGCGACUUGGCCAGCCCGCCCACCAACCUACACUUCCAGUUCUACGCGGCCGCCGCCGCCGCCGCCGCCGCCGCUGCCGAGGGCUCGGCCGCCGAGGGCGCAGCAGCGGCAGAGGGCGGCGGCGCCGGCGGGCUGCGCAUCAUUGAUAUUCCCGCGGUGGACCGCCUUCCGGAGAGCGAGCACCAGAUCCUGGAGCGGCUGGUGCGGGAGCACGGCGUGCCGCUGGACAAACGCUUUGCCUUGCUGCACAAGAUUCGCGUGGCGCGCGCCUUUGCGGCGGCCCCCCCCCGCCAGCUGCUGCUGCGCCUGCGCCUGCUGUCCUUCUACGUCGCCUUCCAGUCCAACCCCUCCCCCACUGACAUCAUGGCACUGUUCCAGGCAGCGCCCGAGUUUGUGCAGCAGCUGGCGGCGCUGCUGCGGCACGAAGGCGAGGUGGCCGACGACAUCCAGACGCUGGCGCUGCGCUCGCUGGCGGUACAGCUGCUGGACCGCACGCGGCACGGCGCAGUGAUCGCCGCCAUUGCAGGCGGCGAGCAGAGCGGGCUGCUGGCGCUGAUGCUGCACCGCGCCGUGGCCUCGCUGACGGGGAGCGAGGAGGUGCCUGUGCGGUACAGCCUCGGCUUCAUCGAGGCCCUGCUGUCCAUGGUGGGGGCCCUGGUCACCUCCACAUCAGGCACCGCCGCGCUGUCGGAUGCAAGCCUGGUGCCGGCGCUGCUGCCGCUGCUGGAGCACCGGGAGCCGUCCCACCUGGCGCUGGUGGCCUCCACCGUGAGAAUACUGGAGGCAUUCAUGGACUUCAGCCCCCCAAGCAGCGGUCUGUUCCGCGAGCUGGGCGGCCUACGCAUCAUGGUGCAGCGGCUGCGGUACGAGGUGGACCAGCCGGCAGAGGCGAGCUCUACCGCUGGAGCACCUGCCUCGGCAUCAGCCACCCCAACCGCCGCCAGCUUGGCCGCAAGCCCUGCAGCCGGUGCUGCCGCCGCUGGCAGCGGCGAGGCCAUGCUUACAGAGGGCGGGCAGCAGGCGGCGCAGCAGCCUGCAGCCGCAGCCCAGCCGCCGCAGAAGACGGUGCCCUACAGCCGCCGCCUGCUGCUCAACAAGGAGUUUGGCGGCGGCCUGUUCUCUCUGGCUGCCAGCGUGGUGGCGGACCUGAUCCACCACGACCCGCUGGUGUACCGCACGCUGGACGAGGCGGGGCUGCCGCAGGCCUUCCUGGACAGCGUGGCAGGCGGAGUCAUAGUGAGCAUGGAGGCCGUGGCCGCCGUGCCCAACACCCUCAUGGUCCUCUGCCUCAACUCGAGCGGCCUGCAGCGCGUGCGGCGCAGCAAGGCGCUGCGCUGCUUCGUGCCCAUCUUCUCCAGCAAGCAGUACGUCAAGGCGCUGCAGGGAGAGUCGGCCGUGGUGCUGGGCGCGGGGCUGGAUGAGCUGCUGCGCCACGUGCCACAGCUGCGCCCAGACGGCGUCGACGUCGUGAUUCGCAUCCUGCGCCGCCUGUGCAUGCUGGGCGGGGAGCCCAACCCUCCUAAGCCGCCGCCGCGGCCGCCUGCGGAGGCCGCGCCAGCACAGCCGGCGGGCGAGGGCGCAGCAGCAGGCGCGGGCGCCGAGGCGCCCGCUGCCGCUGCAGCCGGCCAGGCGGCGGAAGGCGCCGCGGCGGGUGCGGCUGCGACCGAGGCGGAGGCCCCAGGCGCAGGUGCUGCCGGCGGUGGGGAGGCCAUGGAAACCGACGGUGCUGCGCCGCCAGCUGAGGAGGCCAUGGAGGUGGAGGCGCCAGCUCAGCAGCCGCCAGCUCAGCAGCCGCAGCAGGAUGUGGCCAUGGCCGCAGAAGCCGGUACGGAGCAGGCGCCGGCGGCCGCGGCCGCCGACGAGGCUGCCGCGCCCGCUGAUGCCGCGGCGGCAGCGGCGCCUGCCGGCGAGCAGCAGGCACAGGCCGCAGAGGCCGAGGCUGAGCCUGAAGAGGAGGAGGAAGAGGAGGAGGAGGAGGUGGUACCAGAGGACCCGGAAGCUGAGGGGUACCUGGUGGAGUGUGUGACGUACACUGCGCGUAUGCUGGAGACCAUGCUGACCAGCGCAGAGACAGCCAAGCUGUUUGUGGAGCGAGGCGGCGUGGAGCUGCUGCUCACACUGUACCGCCUGCCCCGCCUGCCCCCCACCUUUGGAAGCACCAACGCCAGUCACAGCCUGCUGGUCAGCUUCCGAGUCUUCACCUCCCAGCACGCCUCCGCCCAGCUGCCCCACAUCUUUUCCCUGCUGCGCGGCGCCCUGCUGGCACAGCUGGAUGCGGCGCUGGAGGCGGCGCGCGCGGUGGGCGGCGCCUGCGUGCCGCUGCUGCCCACGGAGCAGCGUGACGCCUACAUCCGCCACGUCUCCUCCACAGAGGGCCUGGCCGCGCUGGCGGCGGCCGUCGUGCGCAAUGCCUCCUCCGUCCUCAAGGACAUCAGCAAUGGCGACAUGAGCGUGAUUCUGAAACUGGGGGAGCUGGAGCGCAUGGUGCUGUGGCAGGCGGCGGUGGCAGACGAGUGGAAGCUGGAGCAUGAAGCCCGCAAGGCGGCAGAGGAGAAGGCGGCUGCCGCGGCCGAAGCGGCGGGCGCCAACGGCGGCGACCUGGAAAUGUCAGACGCAGCCGGCACCAGCGCUGCUGCUGCAGUUCCCGCCGACGCAGCGGCUGGCUCUGGCGCGGGCCCUGCCUCCCCGGGGUUGGCUGCUGGGAUGGGUGGCGCCGCGGCAGGUGGAAAGGACAAGGAGAAGAAGCGCAAGGGGCCGGAGGAGCUGUCGUGCGACAUUCUUUUGCACUUUGCCCACACGGCGCGCGCCUUUGACCAGGCCGUCGCCAAGGCCAUCCACGUCCCCGUGCGGCGCCGCGAGGAGGCGGCGGCGCAGCCCUCCAUGGCCAUGCGGGCGGCCGCCGUCAACCUGGCCGUGGUGCUGCGCCGCAACUUUGAGUUCCAGGGCAUGGGCGAGCCCGGCGAUAAGGGCAAGGCGCCGGCGGGCGAGGAGGCGCCCAGCCCCUUUGCCACUCCCCAGGCGCGCCGCGUGCGCUACCUGUCCCGCGUCCUGGAUGCCUCCUUCAACGUGCUGUUUGACGGGCGGCGGCGCACCGCCCACACGCUGGUCUACAAUUUUUUCAUGGCCACCGGCGGCAUGCGCUCCUUCCUGCAGCAGUUUGGCGGCUGCCUGGAGCUGCUGCGCCAGCUGCCGCCUGAGCCAGCGGCUUCGACUGCCGGCGCAGCGGGCCGGGAGUCCUCGUCCCAGCAGCAGCAGCAGCAGGAUAUAGAGAUGGCAGAGCCGUUCCAGGCGGCAGCAGCAGCAGCCGCGGCCGGCGAGGCAGGCGGAGGCGCGGGCGGUACUGGCGGCACGCCAGCUGUCACCGACCCCGCCAAAGCGUACCGCCAGAGCGUGGAGGCCACAGUGGGGACCUUCCUGGUGCUGAUGACCAACAUGAGGCAAGCCAAGGGCUGGGGUGUAAGGGCAGGGCUGGGCUAG